AUGUUGAAAACUGAAGCAAAUAUUGGUCGGAAAGUUGACACUCAAGAUAGGAUGAAUAAUGCGUUGACAAGUGGUGAUACAACUGAUGAGGAUAAUAACUGCUUAGAGAAACCUGAAGAAAUACUACAGACAAAUGGUGCAGCAUCUCAGGUGCUACCGGGUCCGAAAGAAUUGACGGAAAAGAAAGUUCAGAUGUCUAACGGAAAUAAAGACGGAUUCACACGUGUAAUACAUUUCAGGGAAUCUGUCCACCUCGAUAUUCCAAAGUGA